GUGUUGGUGUGGUGAAAAUGUGGUUUUGCAAGUCAGUGAGGGUGUAUGUGUUCUUUUGUUAUCCAGAGUCCUGGUUACAAGAAGCAGGUUUAGCUUACUGCUAUGUAUGGAGAUCUUUGCUGCUUGAAUAACUAAUACAAACAGAGCAGUUUACUUCCUGAUUAUGUGAAGUUCUCACAAAAGCAAUAGUAAAAGCAGCACACUACAGAGUUGCAAACGUGCAUGAUGAAGAGGCUCAGAGAUCAUACAGAUAUAUAUCUGAUUAUGGUCCUGAUCUUCAUUUCUUCUUCUGGUCCCAACAGAAAGUUAAGAGUUGUUAAAUUUCAUAGUUAAUGCAGUUUUAUAUCUGUAACUUAUUUUGAUGUCAUAUUAAUUUUAACAAGAAAAGAGCUAAAGUAUAAAACUUGCUUCCUUUGAAGGCAUCUGCAUGUUGCUGUACAAACCUUAAACAUUAGUUUGAGAUUUUAACUUUAAUAGAAUUCCUAAUGUGUUGUUAAAACAGUUCAUAGUGAAAACCUCAGCAAAGUUAGUUUAGCUUGGACCAGUUAAGAUAAGGGAAUGGGAGAAGGAUUUAUUCCACACAUGAAUAACCACUGAUCUCACAAGUGUUCAAGAUAUUGUGAUGGUAAACAAACACAUAAAACAAAAACAUUAAUGCAUAAAACCUGUUGUCUUAAAGCAGGUCUGUUCUUGCAUAAAAUGUAAAUCUUUUACAGGUCACCUGCUUGAGCAGGUUGGUGAGGUUCAGAGCACAUCAACUUUAUUGGUAAGCUGUGUGGAGUCAUUUCUUAAUCACAGGGUUGGAUACAAAGGUCACCUAAUUUUCUCCCAGUCUGUCACAAAGGUUCAGGAUGCUGAAAACACCAGACGUGCUCCUUUUCUGCUGUGUUGUCGGGGCAGUGAAUGCCUUGUACAAACAGUGGAUUCCUGACAACAACUAUGAGAAUAAGAUCAAUUGGGACAAGGAAGCUGUUCCGUGUGGCAACGACAUAGUUCAGUUUUCCGCCCAGAGACAAGUGUCUGUGUUUGUGGAGACCACACAUGCUGUGCGUGAGAUGAGGCUGCCAGCUGAUGGAGAGUUCAUACUGAAUUCAGGAGCUGGAUUUUACGUUGUGAGCAGACAAGAGGCAGACUGCGGAGCAGGUGUCAUGACCCAGUUCAAAGAUUCAGAGUCUCAUCAGUGGUUUAACCCAGCUCUGUGGCAGGCGGCUGCAACUCUGGAUGACCUGCAGCAUGUAAAGGUAUUAUUCUCAGUCCAUGAGGAGAGUGUCCCUUGCCAGUAUGACGAUGUGGUUUUUAAAGCCAGCUCUUCUUUCAGGGUGGACACCAGCUCCAGUAAAUCCACCAUUCCUGUCAAAUCUGUGUCUGUGCUGGGGAGGAUGUUUGAUAGCAGAUCUGAGUUCUCCCAGUAUCUCAGCUCGCACUCGGGCCGGCUGCAGUUUCACGGAUCCUCUGCUGUCACUGUUGGAAGCCCGGGCUGUGGGGAUCCUUCUGGCUGUGACUGUGGGAAUUCUGUAAACCAUCAGUGGAUCUGUAGCACUGUAACAUGUGCCACUCUGAGCUGUAAGAACCCUAUCCUCCCUGUAGGACACUGCUGUGAUGUUUGUGGUGCCAUUGUCACCAUCCAUUACACCGCUGCUUUCAACCUGCAAACUUACAGGCAACGAGUGCAUCACCUAUUUCUUGUCCUGCCACAAUACAAAUCCAUGCAGCUGGGCAUGUCUAAAGUCUUCAAAUCACAGCGGUUGAUGGGGAUCGUCCCUUUUGGCACCUUACCUGAGAUCCAGGUGGUUAUCCAGGAUGGAGAGGAGGGAACACAGUCAGACACUCUGGCCUGGGACAUAGUGACAGAUGCCCGUACUCAUGGCUCCAACCUGGGAAUCAUUGGGGCUGAAUUUCAAGCCUCCUCUGGGAGCAGCAGUAAUCAAUCUAGAGGCAGUGCUGGGAUGGUGGUUGGAGUUGUGUUUGGAGUUUUAAUUGUGAUUACACUCAUCAUUGUUGUUGUUGUUCUGAUUCAUAUGGGGAUUGUUCAAGUACCAUCACUGCCUUCGCUGCCAUCUCUGAACAUCUUAAGAAGGAACACUGAUGUUGGAGAGCUUGGUGGCCCUCUUGAUCGUGGCUUUGAUAAUCCCAUAUUUGACAACCUAAACAUGCUUCCUGAUAUUCCCGGUCUGUGUAGGACUGAAACCAAUAAUUCAAUCUCCUUGACUCAGACAGGUAUACACUUUGUAAAUCCAGUUUAUGAUGAGAAUGAAACUGAUUUUAAUGCCUGAAAUUGACGGCAAUAAACAAUAAAUCAUUAUAUACCUUUAUAAUAAUUCAUCAAUGUAAGUAAACGUAUAAAAACAUGCUGACAGACACAGAGCUUUUAAUUACCAACAAAUAAAAGGAAUUGCUGGCAGACAA